AUGAAUCUCCUUGAAUCGGACGAGAUUCUGAAGGGCAACGAUAAGAUUACAUCGUUUGUGCUUGUCAACCCGGAUCGGGUCGACGACGACGAUGUCGACAUCUUUGUAGUCAAAUCACCCGGCCCACCCCCAUUCACACGCUACAAUGAGACCAAAGCAUCCUCCCUGGAGGAACCAGCAGAAACAUCUCAAGAUGCAAACUCUGGAUCUAAACCGAGCGCAACCAUCCGCAGCAUGACCCAACUCUGUGACACCUGCUACAACGCCCUGAACUAUUUUGGCUAUCACGCGGAUCUUCAUAAAACCAAAGGCGAAGAAGCGAUGGAGGGCCUUCCCGCGGCAUGUUUGCUGCACAAUGGCGCAAAGACCCUUCAAGACGGGGAAGAUGGCCGCUGCCAUCUCUGCGUCUUCCUCAUGGCUAACCUGCGGGUCAAACGGCUGGCGAUGGAGUCGAUUGACGAAUCCAAUAUCGAGAUGUGUUGGCAGUCUGGCCCAGCCCCUAAACGACUGCACUUUGCACUGACCCACCGGGGACACCCAAGAGCUGCAAAAAACUACUGGAACAUCUUGAAGCUUCAAAUCUGGCCUUUCUCCGAGUUCGACAAGGCACUGUUUGGCAUGACCGAGGGGAAGGGCAUGGAACGACACCCGACUACGGAAUCGGAGCAAACCCGUGAUAAUGCGCUAGAGUGGCUGAAACGAUGCCAGACAAACGAAGAUGGCAAGCACAACCAAUGCAACAACACGGCUUCUAGAGAUUGGUUGCCAACCAGACUUCUGGAUGUGAAGUCAGCAAUUGAGACGUCAAUGGUGAAGUUGGUGACGCCUUUGGACACCCCACGAGAUUUCGAGCAAGAACGAGAGUACAUCACACUCAGUCAUUGCUGGGGGAAAUGGGGGGCCAGUCAGUUACCUGUCUUGACAACAGGAAAUAUUGCAGAGAGACUUCGGGAAGGUGUUUCGAUAUCGCUACUGCCCAAGACAUUUGCAGAUGCUAUCAAGGCGGCAAGCUGGUUCAAAGUCCGAUGGCUCUGGAUCGAUUCGCUGUGCAUUCUCCAGGACAGCAAAGAAGACUGGCAACGAGAGUCCAUCAUGAUGUACGACGUCUACAAGAAUGCACUGCUCAACAUCUCGGCAGACGAUUCCCCUGACGGUCGUUUUGGCUGCUUUAGGAACAGAGAUCCACUGGCUGUUUUGCCCAUGAACAUUUCCUUCAAUGGGCAAGAAAGCUGGAAAUGCUGGUUGACUCCGGACACACAUGCUGUUUUUGACAGUAUUACCAAGUCCUCCCUGGCGAAAAGAGGGUGGGUCUUUCAGGAGCGCCAGCUGUCUCGCAGAGUGUUACACUUCACCUCUCACGAGCUCAUGUGGGAGUGUUGCGCGGAAGCCCCCUAUUUCGCGAGCGAAACUUUCCCAGGAGGAACACCGUUCAAGUCGGUGUUUAACGGGAACCCCAAGUUCCAGACCAGGACCAAGCUGAACGUGGCGCCAGACACCUCACCCGAGUUGCAUAAAGCCUGGAACACGAUAUACAAGGAAUAUUCUGGCAAGAUCUUCAGUCACGUCCAGGACAGACUCGUGGCCUUGUCGGGCCUUGCGCAGGAAUUUGAAGUCGCUCUGCCAGAUGACACGUACCUGGCUGGGAUAUGGCGCUCCACACUUCCGCAGUCACUACUGUGGCAGUCCUCUGGGGAUUCAAGUCCUGUGGGGUCGACGGGAAGCUACCUCGCGCCGACUUGGUCCUGGCUAUCAAUCUCUGGGCCCGUCUCUCCGUCCGCUCUCGAUUAUAGCGGAGGCACAUACUCCCUAGUCGACAUUGUGGACGCGACAACCACACCGGUCUUUCCGGCAAAGCCCACCGCCUCUCUCAAGGAUGCCUCCAUCACAAUGCGCUGCUUCAUGCGUCCUGUCGAGGUUCGCCCGGAUUACGAGAAGAAACCCUGGUACAUGCUUGCUAUGGGAGGUGGAAAAACCCAUAAGCUGUCAAUCAAGGAGGAGGAUGGCACGGAAGCCUUUUGUGUCAGCAAUUUCCAUUCCGACGCCUUUGACUUUUCGUUCGACAUCGAGUGGGACCAGGACAUGGAGAAUGGACCGGAUGUAGUGGCGGGGUAUUUUGUGCCAUUGAUUAUGAGGAAACCUACCGAGUACGAAUCGCUGUGCAUUCGUGGCCUCCUGGUUGAGCCUGUCGGUGACGGACCGAAGGCUACAUACAAGCGUAUCGGUCUCUUGACCGUGUAUGGGUCUCACUGCCAGAGGGUCAAAUACAUGGCGACGCACAGCGACAAAGACGAAGCCGAGCAGAAAUGGGAUCACCUGUUGAAGUGCCUUCGGGCAACCCACGAAAGCUCCGAGAAGCUGAAGGACGAUAAAGAAGAGGACUCUUCAGAAUGCGAAUCAUCUGCGGAAAAGGAAGAUUCUGAGGAACGAGUCCUUACCGAGAAGCUCGAAAGUUUGAAAGUUGGGGAAAGUGACGAGGAUAGAGCUCAGAUUGAUCUUGGUUCAAUUGAUACAACGGAAAGGCUGUAUGCUCUUGAUGGCGUGGUGGACAGCGAGCUGCAGAGCAUGUUUGAGAAGUUGUCUUUGAAGGAGAUCAAGCUGAUCUAG